AUCCCGUAAUCGCGCGACGUGCCGCCAACUUCAGCCUGCUCGCCAACGGCUCGAACCUCGCGACGAGAGUCCUCGAAGUGAUCGAACGGCGCGAAACGAGAUUAUAUUCGACUUUGUUCGAUAAUGUUGUAUAUAAGAAAAGCGUGUACACAGGAUAUAUGUAUAUAUUUCACGCGAUCCUGUAUGCUGUAAGCGAAGAAAGCAUAGCCGAAGAUUUCGCCGUGUCCUUCAUUCGUGAUAGGCGAGACAUGACGGAGAAGACAAUGUUAACGGAAUUCGAGGAAAACGUGUCCUUCGACGCGGACGAUCCGGACUUCGCGCCUUCGCCAAACGCGGCGCGGAACGUCCUUUUGCGGGACGCGCGUCGCUUCAUGGAGGCCAAAUUCGAUAUUAACAAAGUACCCAGCUAUCAGUGCAACAUGUCGGUCACUUCUGUGCAACCAGCCAGCACCGAGAGCCUCUCCCGCCACGGGAGCAACAUCUCGUUGUCCUGCCAUAGCCUGUGCGGGAGUGUGGACGACGGUCUACAAGGCUCGCAUCCCCAAUACCAGGACACGAUCCUUACAAUUGAGGAGCUGCGCGCUCAGCUAAACUCCUGCUUUACAUGCGGAGUAUCGUGGAGCGAGGAGCACGUCUCCUUGGAUUGCAGCGAGUGCGGCGGUUACUCCCUGCAACGGCCCUGUCCGCUCUGCGACGGCCGCUGCCACACCGCGUGGAAGCGUGACCUCACCAUGUCUCAUGCGAGUGGUAAGGCGAGAUGGAUCGGUGAGUGCGGACUGAGCUGCGGACCUUCCCUGGAAGAAUCGUUGGUGCCCGCUCUGGAGAAACUGCGGGCCACCUCGUGAACAGCGCUGGCCCGAGCACCGCCAACCAUGCACAAGACUUAAAUCCAUCACCAUCCAUCUAGCGUCACCCAUCACCAUCGCGUGUGAGACCCAAGAGAGAAAGAGAGAGAGAGAGAGAAACGUGUGAAUGUGGACCGCGGAUGAUAUGCAUUAUGUUCCUGAGGAGGACGGCUGACAAAGAAGAAAAAAGGACCUGUUUCACAGAGUCCUUGUGGCUUCUUCCCUGAGGACACAAAGCCGUACUCAGCCUGGUCCCUCGACAUCAGGGACCACUAUCGUCAUCAUUAUCACCUUUGAGGCGAAAGUACAAAACUGCGCGAUCGACGUCCGAAUUCUGAAGAAUUUUUAUGUUAUUAUUAUUAUUAUUAUUAUUAUUAUUAACGUUGUAGUGAAUUAUCUUAAAUACUACUCAUACCGAGAACGGACUCCAAUUUUUCCGGAGGGUUUAUACUAAUUCAGUGUUGCGAAAUUCAUUUCGGUUUUUUCUCCGGUGACUUUUGAUCAGAAUCAAGAUUAACAAUGUUUCUAUAAGGAAUUUUAUCUUUUCGAAUGAUUUUUUGCCAGUAAAAUUGUUACCAUUUGAUUUGAAAAAAACUUUUUUGCAAAGUAAAUUUCUUUGAGAAAUAAAUUGCCAAGGAAAAAAGUCUUUCUGUUCGAGAAUAUGUAGACGUAUCGUUCUCGAAGCAUGAUUGAUUAUUCUUUGAUAUUUUUUAUGAAUAGUAGAUUCUACAUUUGGACAAUUGGAUACAAAAGUACAGCAUCCCGAUCUUGAAAUAAAAAAGUUAAAAAUGAAUUGAAAACACUUUGGUAAUUCCCUUUUUCUGAUUUAUAUAUAAAAUUCAACAUGCAACAUUUUAUAGGAAAAAAAAAA